AUGACUUCUCCCGGUGCUCCCAACGGAGCCGACACCGCUCCUCAGGACGUCGCUCCCAAUGAGGUGCCCGCUGAGAUCCCCGGCCCCAGCGAACAGGGCCACGGCUCAGUGAUUGAGGUGACCGGUGCUUCCGGCCAGACCAUUGAGGUGCCGGCCACCCGGAGCUCCAUCAGCGAUACUCACAUGCAGCGAUUGAGUCUGUCCCCCUCCAUGAAGGACCGCCGGGGCUCACGCAAUUCCUUUGGUGUCUCACUGCCCAUUCCCCGGGAGCCCCGCAAGUCCUCUCGCCUUUCCGUCGUCGGCAAGCCCACCAGCCAUGUGCGCAACAUUCUGGCAUCCGAGCUGCAGGAUCAGGAGAAGGAGAAGGUCAAGAAGGUCAAGAACAUGUGCUUCUGUUUCGACAUUGACGGUGUGCUGGCACACGGUAACAAUGCCAUCGCGGAGGCUCAGGCGUGUUUGAAGAUGCUGAACGGUGACAACGAGUUGGGCAUUCAAUUCCCCUACAUUCUCCUCACCAACGGUGGUGGUAAGACGGAAGAAGCUCGCUGCGCCCAGCUCUCCGAAGUGCUCGGAGUGCCCAUCUCCACCGACCAGUUCAUCCAGUCCCACACCCCCAUGCAGGCCCUCGCCGAGUACUACGAGAACGUCCUGGUGUGCGGUGGUGAGGGCUUCAAGGUCCGCGAGGUCGCCGAGCACUACGGAUUCAAGAACGUCAUUCACCCCAAGGAUAUCCUGGCUUGGGACCCCACCAUCUCUCCCUGCCGCAAGUUCACCGAGGAAGAGCAGAAGCUCGCCAAGCCUCGCGACUUCUCCAAGUUCAAGUUUGACGCCAUCAUGUGCUUCGCCGAGUCGCACGACCAGUCGACCGAGUUCCAGAUCAUCCUGGAUCUGCUCCUGAGUGCCAACGGCAAGCUCCUCACCCGCGCCAAGAACCCGGCAGCCCGCGACGCCGUCGCCGGCCACAUUCCCAUCUACUUCUCCCAGGGUGAUCUGCUCUGCCCCACCGAGCACAAGGGCCCCCCACGUCUGCACCUGGGUGCCUUCCGCGUGGCCCUGGAAGCCCAGUACAAGGCCCUCACCGGCCGGGACCUCGAGCGUAUCGUCUACGGUAAGCCCGAGCGCGCCACCUACAUCGUGGCGGACGAGGUCAUCAAGUCCUGGAUGGAGGAGAUUCACGGCGAGAAGCGUCUGCCCGAGAACAUUUACAUGAUCGGUGACAACCCCCAGUCCGACAUUAUCGGUGGAAACCUCUACGGCUGGAACACCUGCUUGGUCCGCACCGGUGUCUUCCAGGGCAAGGGCAACGACGAGAACAACCCCGCCAACUUUGGUGUCUUUGACCACGUCUACGACGCCGUCAAGGCCGCCAUCAAGAAGGAGUUGGGCGAGGAUUUCAAGUUCAAGUGGGAUCCCAAGAAGCACUCUCCCCACGGCUCCGCUGUGGAGUAA